UGAACCAUGUAAAUGUGAUCGCUUAUCCAGCGAAAGGGAAGCAGACAAAUCGAUCCCUCCGUUUGCUAUCUUUCCCUUCGUUUGAUUUGAUAUGUGAAGCAUUGAAGGCAGCGAAAGCACUUUAUCAAUUCUUCACAUUGUUCUCUCUCUAUCUCUCUUUUGCUGAGACAGCUGCAGUCGCAACGGCAGCAGCAGAGCAGGCCAAGCCAAGCGCAACGACAGCACAAACGAGCAGGGGCAGGGCCAGAUCCAUAAACAAUUCCUCCAAAGAAUAGAAAACCUCCCUCCCACUUUGUUUGUUAAAUUAAUGCAAGGGGGGAAGAGCACAUCAAAGGCCACACCGCUGCUCGCCCCUCACUUUAAAGCCCCCGCAGCGCACACAGCACCGAAACCGAAGCCACCACAGCUUCGUUGCGAAUAAAAGGCCCCAAGCCAGCAUUUUUCUCGUAGCAAGACUCUCCUCCUUUUUGCCUCCUUGUUCUUUUCCUAUCCAGGGCAAUGGUUGCCUCCGAGGAGCAGAGGACGAUGGGGCUCGCCGCGGCAGUGGCCGCGGUUGCCUCGGCCUGAGGGGCGGUGAUGCUUCUGCUGCUGCUGCCGAGGACCCGCAGGAAGGGGACAGCGAGUGUGGUGGGUGGGGAAAGGUUGGAUUUUUAGCCUUUUUUUCCUUCUUUCCGGAGGCGGAGUGAUGGCGAUGGUAGUAGUGAGUGGGAAGGAGGUGGGGAAAGCGCAGCAACAUGCGGCAGCGCUGGAGGCGGGGAAAUACGUGAGGUACACGCCGGAGCAGGUGGAGGCGCUCGAGAGGGUCUACAGCGAGUGCCCCAAACCGAGCUCGCUGAGGCGACAACAGCUCAUACGAGAGUGCCCGAUCCUCUCCAACAUCGAGCCCAAGCAGAUCAAAGUCUGGUUUCAGAAUCGGAGAUGCAGGGAGAAACAAAGAAAGGAAGCUUCUCGGCUCCAAACAGUGAACCGCAAGCUCAGUGCUAUGAACAAAUUGUUGAUGGAGGAAAAUGACCGGCUGCAGAAGCAGGUUUCUCAGCUUGUGUAUGAUAAUGGCUACAUGCGCCAGCAAAUACAUACUACAUCUGGAGCGACCACUGACAACAGUUGUGAGUCUGUAGUUGCUAGCGGUCAGCACCAUCAACAAAACCCAAUGCCUCGGCAUCCACCAAGAGAUGCAAACAACCCUGCAGGUCUUCUUGCUAUUGCUGAGGAGACAUUGACAGAGUUCCUGUCAAAGGCUACUGGAACUGCUGUCGAUUGGGUUCAGAUGGUUGGGAUGAAGCCUGGUCCGGAUUCCAUUGGAAUCAUUGCUGUUUCCCACAAUUGCAGUGGAGUAGCAGCUAGAGCUUGUGGCCUUGUGAGUUUAGAACCCACAAAGGUUGCAGAGAUCCUUAAAGAUUGUCCAUCUUGGUAUUGUGAUUGCCGUUGCCUCGAUGUGCUUACUGUAAUUCCCACAGGAAAUGGUGGGAAUAUUGAACUUGUCUAUAUGCAGACAUAUGCACCUACUACACUGGCAGUAGCCCGAGAUUUUUGGACACUGAGGUAUACGACAGCUCUGGAAGAUGGAAGUCUUGUGAUUUGUGAGAGGUCUUUGACGCCUACGACUGGUGGUCCUCCUGGUCCAUCUGUUCCAAAUUUUGUAAGAGCUGAAAUGCUUCCCAGUGGCUAUCUAAUUCGGCCGUGUGAUGGUGGUGGUUCCAUGAUUCACAUAGUGGAUCAUGUUGAUUUAGAUGCGUGGAGUGUCCCUGAGGUUCUUAGACCCUUGUAUGAAUCACCAAAAAUUUUGGCACAGAAAGUGACUAUUGCCGCACUUCGCUACCUCAGACAAAUUGCUCAUGAGAGUAGUGGUGAAGUUCCAUUCAGUGUGGGGCGGCAACCUGCUAUCAUGAGGACCUUCAGUCAGAGGUUGAGCAGAGGUUUUAAUGAUGCUGUGAAUGGGUUUGCUGAUGAUGGUUGGACAAUACUUGGUAGCGAUGGAAUCGAGGAUGUUACAAUUGCAAUAAAUUCUUCUCCUAAUAAAUUACUAGGAAGUCAUGUUAAUUCUUCGACAAUGUUUUCAGCCCUUGGAGGAGGCAUUCUUUGUGCAAAGGCAUCCAUGUUGCUACAGAAUGUUCCUCCUGCUAUGUUGGUUCGCUUCUUGAGGGAGCAUCGUUCGGAAUGGGCUGAUUGUAGUGUCGAUGCAUAUUCUGCUGCUUCUUUGAGAGCUUGCCCAUUUGCCGUCCCUGGUGUUAGACCAAGUGGUGGAUUCUUAGGUAGUCAAGUCAUACUUCCUCUUGCUCACACCGCAGAACACGAGGAGUUCUUAGAGGUGAUUCGGCUCGAAGGACAUGGUUUCAAUCAGGAUGAUAUAAUUUUGCCGAGGGAUUUAUACUUGCUCCAGCUUUGCAGUGGAAUUGAUGAAAAUGCUUCUGGUGCUUGUGCUCAGCUUGUUUUUGCACCUAUUGAUGAAUCUUUCGACGAUGAUCUUCCAUUACUACCUUCAGGUUUUCGUGUCAUACCGCUGGAUCUUAAAUCAGAUUCUCCUUCAACUAUACGAACUCUCGAUUUGGCAUCCACACUCGAGACUGGAUCCAGUGGAACUGCUCGCUCUGUUACUGAUUCUAGCUCCAGCGCGCACAACCUGCGGUCUGUUCUUACGAUAGCUUUCCAGUUCACUUAUGAUAAUCAUCUGCGAGAUAAUGUGGCAAUGAUGGCGAGGCAAUAUGUCCGAAGUGUGGUCACCUCAGUGCAAAGAGUUGCUAUGGCAAUUUCACCUUCUCGUCCCGGUUGUCAGCUUGCAGGCAAGGAUCUGCCCGGUUCUCCCGAAGCUCACACUCUUGCACGAUGGGUUAGCACAAGCUACAGGGUUCAGUCUGGUGUUGAACUUUUCCGAGUAGAAUCACAAGCUACUGAUGCUUUGGUAAAAUUGCUAUGGCACCACUCUGAUGCAAUCAUGUGUUGUUCUUUGAAGGCUUUGCCGGUCUUCACUUUUUCGAAUCAAGCUGGGUUGGAUAUGCUGGAGACCACCUUGAUAGCUCUGCAGGACAUCACACUGGAAAGGAUUCUCGAUGACAAUGGCCGGAAGGCGCUUUGCUCAGAGUUCCCCAAGAUCAUGCAGCAGGGUUUUGCUUGCCUUCCUCCUGGUAUCUGCUUGUCGAGCAUGGGGAGGCCAGUAUCAUACGAGCAAGCCGUGGCAUGGAAAGUCCUGAACGACGAUGACAUGCCUCACUGUCUCGCCUUCAUGUUCCUCAAUUGGACGUUUGUUUGAUGGGAACUCAUCGAUCAGACUUAGUAAUCUUAAGUUAUCUAGCUCUAGUAAUGGAUGAAACGCUGAAAAGUCAUCCCUUUUGCUUAAGUUAUUUGUGUUGAACUUUUAAACUCUUAUCUGAAGACAAGCAUAUCCUACCUAUUUAGUUGAAACCUGACAAUGCUAUUUUAUGUAACUUCUCUUUAGUGCCUUUUUGCUUCAAGCCUUGAUUUCGAUUAGCUGAAAA